CCCCGCCAGCAUGGCCGGCCGGACCGUGCGGGCUGAGACCCGGAGCCGGGCCAAGGAUGACAUCAAGAAGGUGAUGGCGACCAUCGAGAAGGUCCGGAGAUGGGAGAAGCGCUGGGUGACUGUGGGCGACACGUCCCUUCGUAUCUUCAAGUGGGUGCCAGUGGUGGACCCCCAGGAGGAGGAGCGACGGAGGGCAGGUGGCGGGGCAGAGAGAUCCCGAGGUCGGGAGCGUCGGGGUAGGGGUGCCAGCCCCCGAGGGGGUGGUCCCCUCAUUCUGCUUGAUCUCAAUGAUGAGAACAGUAACCAGAGUUUCCAUUCGGAAGGCUCCCUGCAAAAGGGCACUGAGCCCAGCCCUGGCGGCACCCCGCAGCCCAGCCGCCCUGCCUCACCUUCCGGACCACCGGAAGGGGUCCCGGAGGAAGCCCAGCCUCCACGGCUAGGCCAGGAGAGAGAUCCCGGGGGUAUCACUGCAGGCGGCACCGAUGAACCCCCAAUGCUGACCAAGGAGGAGCCUGUCCCAGAGUUGCUGGAGGCUGAGGCCCCCGAAGCUUACCCUGUCUUUGAGCCAGUGCCACCUGUCCCCGAGGCAGCCCAGGGUGACACCGAGGACUCGGAGGGCGCCCCCCCACUCAAGCGCAUCUGCCCCAAUGCCCCCGACCCCUGAGAAGCUGGUCUGUCUUUCCUGUUGCCCCAGGGGCCCCUUUGAUUUUUUACAAAUAAAGACCCUUUUGUAA